AUGAAAUUGGUCUGGAUAUUGAUGUCCUUGCAGCUGAUGCUCCUGGCAACAGCUCUGAGCGCCAGGAAUUGUGUCAAGCCAUCGGAGGCGCCAGCAACUACGGAGGAUCCCGACGACCCCACCGAUGAUCCCUGGGAUCCGACAGACGAUGAUUCCACGGAGGAUCCCUCAGAUGAGACCACCGAUGAUCCUUUGGAAACAACAGAGAAGCCAACCACUUCCACAGGAGAUCCUACUGGGCAGCCGUCUGAUGAUACAACUGCAGAACCUACUGACGACCCUACUGACGAGCCUUCUGGAGAACCCACUGGAAAUCCUACUGAAAAACCUACUGAAGAACCCACUGAAGAACCCACUGGAGAACCUUCUGAAAAACCUACUGAGGAACCCACUGAAGAACCCACUGGAGAACCUUCUGAAAAACCUACUGAGGAACCCACUGCAGAACCAACCGGAGAGCCCAGUAGCGAACCCACGGGAAAGCCCUCAGAAGACACCACAGAGUCACCAACCACCGAUGAUCCUUUGGAAACAACAGAGAAGCCAACCACUUCCACAGGAGAUCCUACUGGGCAGCCGUCUGAUGAUACAACUGCAAAACCUACUGACGACCCUACUGACGAGCCUUCUGAAGAACCCACUGGAAAUCCUACUGAAAAACCUACUGAAGAACCCACUGAAGAACCCACUGGAGAACCUUCUGAAAAACCUACUGAGGAACCCACUGCAGAACCAACCGGAGAGCCCAGUAGCGAACCCACGGGAAAGCCCUCAGAAGACACCACAGAAUCACCAACUGAGGAACCAACCAAACAACCAGAUGUGGAUACUACAGAAGAAGCUAAAGGAUCGUCCACCAUUGAACCAACUGGAUCAGAUCUAACCACCGUACCCUACCCUGGCGUGGAUGUGAAUGCCUCUUGCAAGGCGCACUCGGGUGUAGAUUACCUGCCCUAUCCGUACGACUGUCAUUUGUACAUCCACUGCGAUGGCGACGUGGGUUAUGUUAAAGACUGUCCCGAUAGUCUUUACUGGAACACUAUCCAACAAGCCUGCUCCACCACCUGCGCUUAAAAAAUAAAGAACAUCAAAUAGCAUGCACUUAUAAAAAGUAA